AUGAGAAGACUUCUAACUUCAGCUUCAUCUCUGAUUACCACUUCUCUUGUAGCUAUUUUUUUGUAUUUGAACAUGAUCUUCCAAAGACAGCUCUCCUCCUCAGCCAUAAAGAGAGCUUCUCUCACCUUUUUCACUAAAGAGACAUGCCAAUUGUGUACCAACGCAAAGGAAAUCUUGGGCAAAACACUCCAAAGUCCAGAGUUGAAAGACAAAAAAAUUGACUUGAAAGUUAUUGACAUAAUGAAACCCGAAAACUCCAAAUGGUUUGAUGUUUACUGUUAUGAUGUACCCGUACUACACAUAAUGAAGAAUGAAGAGCAAAAGAAACCAAUAAAGUUUAUGCAUUACUUCCAUGAAGAUAAGUUACUAGCAGAAUUGAAGAAUUAA